CUUAGCGGGCCCUCUGCGGGCUCCGCGGCUGGGGUUCCGGGCGGGCCCGCGGGUCUCUCGGCGGUGGGGUCGGGCCCGCGUCUCCGUAUGCUGCUGCUGGAGAGCGUGUCCGGGCUGCUGCAGCCGCGAGCGGGGUCCACCGUUCCUCCCGUGCAUCCCCCAGUCCGUUCGGCCCCACAUUUGCCCGGGCUCAUGUGCCUAUUGCGGCUGCAUGGGACGGUGGGCGGGGCCCAGAACCUUUCAGCAGUUGGCGCGUUGGUGGGUCUCAGUAAUGCACGUCUUGGUUCUAUCAAAACUCGGUUUGAGGGCCUCUGUCUGCUGUCUUUGCUGGUGGGGGAGAGCUCUACAGAGAUGUUCCAGCAGCACUGUGUCUCUUGGCUUCGGAGCAUUCAGCAGGUCUUGCAGUCCCAGGACCCACCCCCAACAAUGGAUUUGGCUGUGGCUAUUCUGAGGGACCUUCUCCGAUAUGCAGCCCAACUUCCUACACUCUUCCGGGACAUCUCCAUGAACCACCUCCCUGGUCUUCUCACCUCUCUGCUGGGCCUCAGACCAGAGUGUGAGCUUUCAGCACUGGAGGGAAUGAAGGCAUGUAUGACCUAUUUUCCUCGGGCUUGUGGCUCUCUCAAAGGCAAGCUGGCCUCAUUUUUCCUCUCUCGGGUGGAUGCCUUGAGCCCUCAGCUGCAGCAGUUGGCGUGUGAGUGUUAUUCCCGGCUGCCCUCGCUAGGGGCUGGCUUUUCCCAGGGCUUGAAGCACACCGAGAGCUGGGAGCAGGAGCUGCACAGCCUGCUGGCCUCAUUGCACAGUCUGCUAGGAGUUCUCUACGAGGGAGCAGAACCGGCUCCUGUGCAGUAUGAAGGCCCUGGAGUGGAGAUGCUGUUUUCCCCCUCAGAAGAUGGUGACGCCCAUAACCUUUUCCGGCUUCGGCAAAAGUUUUCUGGGCUGGCCUGCUGCCUGGGGCUCAUGCUCAGCUCUGAGUUUGGAGCUCCUGUGUCCAUUCCUGUGCAGGAAAUCCUGGAUGUCAUCUGCAGGACCCUCAGCAUCAGUGCCAAGAAUAUUAGCUUGCUUGGAGAUGGUCCCCUGCGGUUGCUGCUGCUGCCCUCUGUCCACCUUGAAGCCUUGGACCUGCUCUCUGCGCUAAUCCUUGCGUGUGGAGGUCGGCUCUUGCGCUUUGGAGCCCUGAUCAGCCGCCUGCUUCCCCAGGUCCUCAAUGCCUGGAGCAUUGGUAGGGAUACUCUCUCUCUAGGCCAGGAGAAGCCUUACAGCGCCAUGCGGACCAAGGUGUACUCUGUACUAGAGCUGUGGGUGCAGGUGUGUGGUGCUUCGGCAGGAGUGCUUCAGGGAGGAGCCUCAGGAGAGGCCCUGCUCACCCACUUGCUCAGUGACAUCUCCCCCCCAGCUGAUGCCCUGAAGCUGCGCAGUCCCCGGGGGAGCCCUGAUGGUUUGCAGACGGGGAAGCCCAGUGCCCCCAAGAAGCUAAAGCUGGACAUGGGGGAGGCCAUGGCCCCUCCCAGCCACCGAAAAGGGGAUAGCAAUGCCAACAGCGAUGUGUGUGCAGCUGCGCUGAGAGGCCUCAGCCGGACCAUCCUCAUGUGCGGGCCUCUCAUCAAGGAGGAGACUCACAGGAGAUUGCAUGAUCUGGUCCUACCUCUGGUCAUGGGUGUCCAGCAGGGUGAGGUCCUAGGCAGCUCCCCAUAUACCAGCUCCCGCUGCCGCCGUGAACUCUACCGCCUGCUGCUGGCUCUGCUGCUGGCACCUUCUCCUCGCUGCCCACCUCCUCUCGCCUGUGCCCUGCAAGCCUUCUCCGUUGGCCAGAGGGAAGACAACCUUGAGGUCUCUUCUUUCUGCUCAGAAGCUUUGGUGACCUGCGCUGCUUUGACCCACCCCCGGGUUCCUCCUCUGCAGUCCAUGGGCCCCACCUGCCCCACACCUGCUCCAGUUCCUCCUCCUGAGGCCCCAUCUCCAUUCAGGGCUCCACCCUUUCACCCCCCGGGUCCCAUGCCCUCAGCAGGCACCAUGCCCUCAGCUAGCCCCGUGCCCUCGGUGGGACCCAUGCCCUCAGCUGGCCCAAUGCCCCCAGCACGCCCUGGACCUCCAGCCACAGCCAACCACUUAGGCCUCUCUGUCCCAGGCCUGGUGUCUGUACCCCCCCGGCUCCUUCCUGGUCCUGAGAACCACCGGGCAGGCUCAAAUGAGGACCCCAUCCUUGCCCCUAGUGGCACUCCUCCACCUGCUGUACCCCCAGAUGAAACUUUUGGGGGGAGAGUGCCCAGGCCGGCCUUUGUCCAUUAUGAUAAGGAGGAGGCGUCUGAUGUAGAGAUCUCCUUGGAAAGCGACUCUGAUGACAGUGUGGUGAUUGUGCCCGAGGGGGAGGAGGAGGAGUUUGAGGAGGAGUUUGAGGAGGAGGAAGGCGAGUUGGAGGAGGAGGAGGAGGACGAGGAGGAGGAGGAGCUGGAAGAGGUGGAGGAGCUGGGGUUCGGCUCAGCGGGUGCGGAGGUGGAAGGAGGGCCCCCGCCCACCAGCCUGCCCCCAGCUCUGCCCGCCGCCGAGUCCCCCAAGGGGCAGCCGGAGCCAGAGCCGGAGCCCGAGCCCGAGCCAGAGCCGGAGCCCGGGCUGCUCUUAGAAGUGGAGGAGCCGGGGGCCGAGGAGGAGCCGGGGGCUGAGACAGCACCCACACUGGCCCCUGAGGUGCUCCCCUCCCAGGAGGAGCUGGAGAAGGAAGGGGGGAGCCCCCCAGCAGGGCUCCCUCAGGAGCUUGUUGAAGAGGAGCCCUGUGCUCCCCCAGCCCUGCUGGAAGAGGGGACUGAGGGUGGGGGUGACGAGGUCCCACCCCCACCAGACGCAUCUGCAGCAGCAGAAAUGGAGCCUGAGCCCGAGACCGCUGCUCCCCAGGAAAAGGAGCAGGACGACACAGCUGCCAUGCUGGCUGACUUCAUUGAUUGUCCCCCUGAUGACGAGAAGCCACCACCUGUCACAGAGCCCGAUUCCUAGCCCUCUCCUACACACCCCGUUUCCAAUAAAGUUAUGUACUUGGAUAUCGA